AUGUCUGCCGCAGACGCACACAGAGCCGGCGACUCCAAGAACGCAGGGGGCGACUCCCGGAACGCCGCCCCAGCGUGCCGACAGCCGCCCCCGACCGCAGCGCCUUCUGCUGGGGACGCGGGCAUCGCGGGGGCGGACAAGCAGCAGGUGGGAGGCGGAUCGGAAGCACCCUCCGCCGCCCCCGCCGCCGUGCCUCCUGGCGAUCCCGCAAAGGAGAGCGACCGUGACUCAAGCCGGGCUGCACAGAGGCCGGGCGCCACCCCCGUCGUAUACGUUCGCGUGCCAGUAGGAGAACAAUACCCACCUCCAGGAUAUUCUCGAGAUGCGGCACCCUACGGAGGAGGGUGGGGCAGCCGUAGGGGUGGUGACGGCGGUGGGGGCGGUGGGGGCGGCGGGGGCCGCUGGCCCACCCUUCGGGACGACGCGGAGUGGGACGACGCGGGUUGGUUCUCUGCGGCGGCGGUGCGGCGCGCCUUCAUCCGCAAGGUGUACUCCGUGCUGUCUCUCCAGCUGGCCCUCACCGUGGGCAUCAUCGCCCUCUUCGUGUUCGAUGUGGGCUUCAUGGUGACCUACCUGGUACUGGUGUGCUGUGGGGACGUACGCAGGCGGCACCCCUGCAACCUCAUCCUCCUCUUCAUCUUCACGCUGUCGUUCGCGUACAUGCUGGGCGUGAUCUCCGCCUUCCACAGCACGUACAUCGUGUUCAUGGCGGCCGCCGUGACCGCCGUCGUGUGCCUGCUCGUCACCCUGGUGGCUACUUUCUCCAAGGUAAACGUCCGGUCUAUGGCGUGGGAAGCCAACUCGCUUCUUAGCAGCGGUCGAGAAGAAAUACGGUUGAGCAACUGCAGACCGGCCGGUGUACGACAGGUGGACAUCACGGGCUGCGGAGCGCUGCUGUGCGUGCUGGGCAUCGGCGUGCUCAUCUUCGGCGUGGUGCUGGUCCUGGUGUUCCUCAUCUGGGGCCCGAGCAGCCUGCUGCUCGCCGUCUACGCCGGCCUCGUGGGCGUCCUCUUCUCCCUGUACCUGAUGUUCGACACGCAGCUGAUCAUGGGCGGUCGCUACAUGGAGCUGUCCCCGGACGAGUACGUGUACGCGACGCUGAUGCUGUACGUCGACAUCGCCAACAUCUUCUGGGCGAUGCUCACGCUUUUCGGCUACUGCUGCGGCGAGUGA